CCUCUCAGAAACUCUCAAAAAAGUCCGAGGAUCAUGAAACAAUCUUUCCUCUGCUCACACUCGGUCGUUCCUCUAUAUAAUAAUAAUCAACGAACGCUCUUUUCUCCUUCUCCCUGUCUCUCUCCUCCGCGUUCGGCGUUUCGCGCUUCUCCUUCGGAUCUCUCUCCCCCCGCACCUCGCCUCGAAUGAUAGCUCCAGAUCUGUUUGGUUCCUGGGUGGUUUAGGGCUGAAGGAAGAAAAUGGCGCAAAUUUUACUCCACGGGACGCUGCACGUGACGAUUUUCGAGGCGGACUCGUUGUCUGUGAGGGCCUCCGCCGGCGCUCCCAAAUUUCUACGCAAGCUUGUUGAAGGUGUUGAGGAUGUGGUUGGUCUUGGCAAGGGGUCUACCAAACUUUAUGCCACUAUUGAUCUAGAAAAGGCCAGAGUUGGCAGGACAAGGUUGAUUGGAGAUGAACCUGUUAAUCCUCGUUGGUAUGAAUAUUUCCAUAUCUACUGUGCACAUUUGGCGGCCAAUGUCAUCUUCACUGUGAAGUUUGACCAGGCUAUUGGAGCCACCCUAGUUGGCAGGGCUUACUUGCCUGUCAGGGAGAUCCUAAGCGGUGAGGAAAUAGAUAGAUGGCUUGAGAUAUGUGAUAAUGACUGUAACCCUUUAGAGAGUGGAGCUAAAAUUCAUGUGAAACUCCAGUAUUUUGAUCUUUCAAAGGAUCGCAAUUGGUCAAGAGGUGUACGCAGCGCAAAAUAUCCUGGAGUUCCGUACACAUUUUUCUCAAUGAGGCAGGGGUGCAAAGUAUCACUGUACCAAGAUGCCCACGUCCCUGACAAUUUCAUUCCUAAAAUUCCUCUUGCCAAUGGAAAGUACUAUGAGCCCCACAGAUGUUGGGAAGACAUCUUUGAUGCAAUUAGCAAUGCACAACAUUUAAUUUACAUAACUGGUUGGUCCGUAUACACCGAAAUCAGUCUGAUAAGAGAUUCAAAAAGGCAAAAACCUGGCGGGGAUGUUACUAUUGGUGAGUUGUUGAAGAAGAAAGCCAGUGAAGGUGUAAGGGUUCUUAUGCUUGUUUGGGAUGAUAGGACCUCAGUGGGGUUACUAAAGAAAGAUGGUCUCAUGGCUACCCAUGAUGAAGAAACUGUGAAUUACUUUCAGGGCACUGAUGUGAACUGUGUUCUGUGCCCCCGGAAUCCUGAUAAUGGAGGAAGCAUUGUUCAGGAUCUGCAGAUUUCUACCAUGUUCACUCACCAUCAGAAGAUUGUCGUCGUGGACCAUGAGAUGCCCACCAGGAGUUCACAACAGAGGAGGAUCGUAAGUUUUAUUGGUGGUCUUGAUCUCUGUGAUGGGAGAUACGACACACAGUUUCACUCCUUGUUCAGGACGCUGGAUACUGCUCACCAUACUGAUUUCCACCAGCCGAACUUCGCUGAUGGCUCUAUUACAAAAGGUGGGCCAAGAGAACCUUGGCAUGACAUUCAUUGCCGUCUAGAAGGACCAAUUGCUUGGGAUGUUUUAUAUAAUUUUGAGCAAAGAUGGAGGAAGCAAGGUGGUAAGGAUCUCCUUGUGCAGCUCAGAGAUAUUUCUGACAUCAUUAUUCCACCCUCGCCUGUCAUGUUCCCUGAGGACAGAGAAACAUGGAAUGUUCAGCUAUUUAGGUCCAUUGAUGGGGGUGCUGCCUUUGGCUUUCCAGAGACACCCGAGGACGCUGCGAGAGCAGGGCUAGUUAGUGGAAAAGAUAAUAUCAUUGACCGGAGCAUUCAGGAUGCUUAUAUUCAUGCCAUACGCAGAGCGAAGAAUUUUAUCUACAUUGAAAAUCAGUAUUUCCUUGGUAGUUGUUUUGGAUGGAAGGCUGAUGACAUCAAGACUGAGGAUAUUGGUGCUUUGCAUUUGAUCCCUAAGGAGCUCUCCAUGAAGAUUGUUAGCAAGAUUGAAGCUGGAGAACGCUUUACAGUUUAUGUUGUUGUUCCGAUGUGGCCUGAAGGUGUUCCUGAAAGUGGGUCAGUUCAGGCAAUCUUAGAUUGGCAGAGGAGGACUAUGGAGAUGAUGUAUACUGAUGUCAUAGAGGCACUCCAAGCUAAGGGAAUCACGGCAAACCCGAAAGACUAUCUUUCCUUCUUCUGCUUAGGGAAUCGUGAGGUGAAAAGGGAGGGAGAAUACACACCAGAGCAGCAGCCAGAACCAGAUACAAAUUAUAUCAGAGCUCAGGAGGCCAGGAGGUUUAUGAUUUAUGUUCAUACAAAGAUGAUGAUAGUUGAUGAUGAGUACAUAAUCAUCGGAUCAGCCAACAUCAACCAGAGAUCAAUGGAUGGAGCACGAGACUCUGAGAUAGCCAUGGGCGCUUUCCAACCCUACCACCUAGCCACCCGACAGCCUGCAAGAGGCCAAAUCCACGGAUUCCGAAUGGCACUAUGGUACGAGCAUCUCGGAAUGCUCGACAAUGUCUUCCUGCAUCCGGAGUCCUUGGAUUGUGUGCAAAAGGUGAACAGGAUAGCCGAUAAGUAUUGGGAUCUCUACUCUCAAGAAUCCCUCGAACAAGACCUCCCAGGUCAUCUUCUCACUUACCCUAUUGGUGUAACCAGCGAAGGAGCGGUCACUGAGCUCCCAGGAGCCGAGUUCUUCCCUGAUACGAAGGCUCGUGUUCUCGGAACCAAGUCUGAUUACAUGCCGCCCAUUCUCACUACAUAGACACUGUUUGAUUUACCUACAGCUUGGUCUUCAGCUCUUCUUUUGCUUCUGUUUUUCUUAAUAACGAUAUCGCUGUAUGUUGGAAUUGAACCGGAUGUAUGAUUUAGUGGAUUCGAGUUUAUGAUAUGUAUGAGAUUUUUAAUAUUGAGCAUGCGUGUUCUUCCAAUA